AUCCCUUCUUCAUGUGGCAACGCAGGCAGGCGCACCCUUUCCUGUUUGUUCCGGCACAACUGAGCCCAUCUGGCCAAAGGACGGAAAUGCGAGCAGGAAGUGGCAAACAAAAGCGGGCGACCCGACGUAACGCCACGUUGUCGUCCCCUUCGUCACGCGGGACGGCUCGGGAACCGUUUCGUUGCUCUUCUGCAGUUCUCCGAGCAAAAGGGGCCGGGAGCACCUCCCGGCCUCCGCCGUGGGCUCAAGUCAAGUUCUUGCGUACGGGAGGCCCUCCCUUUUGUCGUCGCCGUCCGACACCUGCAAGAAGAUCGGCAUCUGAAUUUGAGGGCAUCGGGGCCAAUCAACAGCGCCGCGCGUGAGCACGGGCGCGAGGAAACGAGCCCGUCACGGGACACCGGCGUCAUCGGUUUCGAUCGCUCGCUUGUCAUUUGUCUCUUUGGGAGGCCGCUACAAACGGAUUCGGGGAAAGGCCGAAAAGGUGAGGCGGGCUGACAUUUUCCGUCCGUGUCGCGGAUGGCGCACACGCGCAGCCCCCCGUCGAGCUCCCCGGACUCCCCGUCCCGCCGCUCUCGCUAAUCUGCCGGAUCGAAGGGGCUUGACAGGCCGUCACCCGGCAACCGCACGGCAGACGCCCGAGGGCAAAUUUGAUGAAAUGCCGCGAGCGGAAAGGGAGCUCGUUCAAAAUGAACGUGUGGCUUCUUCGUCAUCAGUCCAUCUCCUCCUAGCCCUAACCCUGACCCUUACGCCGGGUCAUGGUGAGAAGGGCAGACAGUUCUCAAGUGAAGGUCUGAGCUGCCAACACAAAGAGACGCUGAUGAUUUGCGCCAUCCGUGCACGCACGCCGACUCGCGUGGGAUGCCGCGGCCGUGUCGGACCGGCCAGAUAACGGAUUGCGGUUUCCUGCCUUUGGGACUUGGCGCCUUGUGAGAAAGGAACCGAGGCCGGGACGGCGUCAUGGAGCCCAGCACCCGGGAGCAGUCGGCCACAGUGGAUGACUUGGUGGAGGCGUGCAUCCGAGCCUUUGAUGAAACAGGCGAGUUGGGGGACCCCGCCCUGGUGCGGAUGGUCCUCAUGAUGCAUCCUUGGUACAUCCCGUCGACCGACAUGGCUGCCAAGUUGGUGCGCAAAUCUCGAGAGGGGGGCUGCACGGCAGAGCGUCGAAGCAGAAUAUGUCACCUCGUAAAGUAUUGGAUCUCCGAGUUCCCCGCGGAGUUCAAUCUGAACCCGGAACUGGCUGAGCAGAUGAAGGACUUCAAGGACCUCCUGAGCACAGAGGGCAACGAGCGCCAGAGCCAGCUCAUUGACAUCGAGAGCGUGCCCUCGUAUGAAUGGAAGCGUCACGUGACUCAGAGUGUCCCAUCCGCCUCCAAAAAGCGGAAAAUGUCCUUGCUCUUUGACCACCUUGACUCCUGCGAACUGGCCGAGCACCUGACCUACUUGGAGUACAAAUCUUUCUGCAAGAUUUUGUUUCAGGACUACCACAGCUUUGUGAUGCACGGCUGCACGGUGGACAACCCGGUGCUGGAACGCUUCAUCACACUCUUCAACAGCGUCUCGCAGUGGAUCCAGCUCAUGGUGCUCAGUAAGCCCACGGCGCCUCAGAGAGCCUCGGUCGUCUCGCACUUUAUCAGCGUCGCACAGAAACUUCUGCAGCUGCAGAACUUCAACACGCUGAUGGCGGUGGUGGGCGGGCUCAGCAACAGCUCCAUCUCACGCCUCAAAGACACGCAGGCACAGAUCAGUGCCGAAACCACCAAGGUUUUUAACAGUCUCACUGAACUGGUAACGUCGUGCGGUAACUACAGCCAGUACCGCAAGCGCUUCUCGGAAAGCUUCGGCUUCCGCUUUCCCAUCCUGGGCGUGCACCUGAAGGAUCUGAUCGCCGUGCACGUGGCGCUGCCGGACUGGGCCGACAAGGAGAAGACGCGAGUCAACCUGGCCAAAACCCAGCAACUCUACAUCAUCCUUCAGGAGCUGGCGCUGAUACAGAACACGCCGCCCAACGUGGACGCCAACGCAGAUCUGCUGAACCUCUUGACGGUAUCUCUGGACCAGUAUCACACAGAGGAAGAGAUCUACCAGAUGUCUUUGCAGAGGGAACCUCGCAAGUCAGCAAAAUCCAGCCCCGCUCCAGCUCCUGACCCCAAGUCCACCGUGAUUUCCGAGUGGGCCGUGUCGGUGAAGCCCAACGCUGACCCGACGAUCAUCAGGAAGCACAUUGAGAAGAUGGUGGAGUCCGUCUUCAAGAACUUUGACACCGAUGGCGACGGCCACAUAUCCAGGGAUGAGUUUGAGGCCAUCAGGAACAACUUUCCAUACCUCAACAAGUUUGGAGAACUGGACAAGAACCAAGACGGCAAAAUCAGCCGAGAGGAGAUGAUCGACUACUUCAUGAGGGCCAGCUCGCUUCUCAACUGCAAAAUGGGUUUUCUCCACACCUUCGCCGAGGCCACCUACGUCAAGCCCACCUUCUGCGAGCACUGCGCCGGAUUUAUAUGGGGCUUCUACAAGCAGGGCUACAAGUGUAAAGUCUGCGGGGUCAACUGCCACAAGGCCUGCCGGAGUCGUCUGGCGGUCGAGUGCCGGAAGAGAACCAAGAGCAUCAGCCACCAGACUCCGCCCGCUCUCCAGGCCAGAUCCUACAGCUUCCCGCCACCUGCUAACACUCCGCCUAACCUCCACAACACCGUCAUCCCCGAGGAGGAUUUAGAGGCGGUGGAAGAGGCCGUAUUUGACGUUCACCUAUAACAGUUUGCAGGCAACGUUUUGGAAGUCUCAGCAGGCGAGGACGUCAUCCGCUGCCGCCGGCCAACGUGACCCAUUUCUGGCCCACCUUCCGCGCACUCGAAAAAUGACUUGUCAUGUUUUUUUGUUUUGCGUCUCUCGUGAGAAUCGCUUGAAAAGUUGCAGCUGCCUUGAUGAACAAGCGACUUUUUCUUUCUUCUAUCUUUAUCCAGAUGAAUAAAAAAAAAUAAAUAAAUAAAGACAUUGCAGGGGGUUUC